UGUUCUAUCCGGCGACAGUUUGAGAACACGUGAAAGAUGGAGCAGGGACUAACUGCAACAAACACACUCCUCAUCAAUGGAAAUGAGACAGAUGAUGACGAGUUUAAUACCUUUUUGGCUUUGCAUUCUGCCGCUCUACAGUCCUCACGAAUCCCCCCGAUAUAUUGGAAGAGUUUGUUCUACAAACUAGCAAACGAGGUGUAUGACGCAGGGGAAGUAUUUGGAAUCAUACAAGUAGAAGAGAAAGAGGAGGAGGAGAUGGAUGGAGCUGAAGAUCAGGAGAGGAAGAAUUCAAACCCUGGAUCCGUGAUCACCUGUAAAGUUGUCGUGACCCGUGAGAGUGGCCUGCAAGUCUCUGAUCCUACCAGUGUGUUCUUGGUGGACCAUGCAUGGACGUACCGUGUGGAGCAUGGCAGGCAGCAGCUAGAGCAGAUUCCUGGUCUGCUGCACAGGAUGGCAUCUCUCAUGGGGGUUCCUUUCCACGGAGAAGCUCCAGACCCCGACACUGUGGAUCUGGUCAUGGACUGCAUGUGGAAGUACAGCCAGACCUAUCAGCUGGCCCAAGGGUCUGCGGAGGAGAAGGUGCCAGUAUGGUACAUCAUGGACGAGUUUGGCUCCCAGGUGCAGCACUCGGACCAGCCCAGCUGCUGCAUGGCUCCGUUCUUCUACACCCAAAGCCAGCUGGCUUUCACCGUGCUCUGGCCCCUUCAUGAUCUGCAGGAGGGAGACGAAGUGACACGUGACUACGCAUAUGGUGAGAGCAACCCUCUGCUGAGAAGAUGCCGUUUGUUACCGUGGGUACCAGCUAACCUUGAAGGGGUCAAUACAGUGACCCCUGAGCCCUCCGACCUUUACUAUGAGACCAUCUCACAAGAGAACCAAGAGAAGUUUCCAGUGGAAAUCCUCUCCUACAGUGUUCCUGAAGACAAAGUAUUUAAGGUGUACUCGGACAUGAAUCAGGUUCGAGAGAACCUCAAGCAUCCAAGGUUCCAACUCACAGACAUGAAGGAGGAGGCAGACAUUAUCUGGGGGUUCUCCCACAUCAGAGACUACAGGAGACUGAGUGAGGAGAAACCGCACGUCUUGAUCAACCAGUUUCCAUGUGAGACGAUCGUCACGGUGAAGGACUGCCUUGCAGCAGUGUCAAGGAGGGCCCGGGGGGGCCAGGGGGCCGAGUGGCUGCCAGAGACAUUCAACCUCCAGACAGAGCUGCCCCAGUUCAUCAGACAUUACCAGCAGAGACAAGAGAGGGGAGAGGAUAACCAUUGGAUUUGUAAGCCCUGGAAUCUGGCUCGUGGAUUGGACACGCACAUCACCAACAACCUGGACUACAUCAUCAGACAGAGGGAAAGCACACCCAAGGUGGUGUGUAAGUACUUGGAGGACCCCGUGCUGUUUCACAGGGAGGAAGUGGGGAUGGUGAAGUUUGAUGUGCGCUACAUGCUGCUGCUGCACUCGGUGCAGCCCCUCAGACUCUACGCCUACAACGUCUUCUGGCUGCGUUUUGCCAACAGGCCUUUUUCUCUGGACCAUUUUGAUGACUAUCAGAAACACUUCACUGUGAUGAACUACACACAAGGGGUGCAACUCAAGCAGGUACACUACGAUGAAUUCAUCCCCAUGUUUGAGAAACAGUAUCCACAGUACCCAUGGAAGGAUGUGGAGGGGGAGGUGUUCAAGGCCUUCGGCGAGCUGUUCCAGGUGGCAUCAUCGCGGCCAGCUCCGUAUGGCAUCUGCCCCUACCCAUCCUCCAGGGCCAUCUACGCUGUGGACCUGAUGCUCAAAUGGGGCAUCGCGGAGUCAGGUGAACGUGUGAUGAAGCCUCAGAUCCUAGAGGUCAACUUCAGUCCAGACUGCGGCCGGGCCUGCCUGUACCACCCUGACUUCUACAACCACAUGUACCAGACCCUUUUCCUGGACGAGGCCAACAAGUGCCCCGUCACCCAGGUCAUGUGACCUGAGACCUCUGAACACCUCCUGUUAGCGGUUGUGAAACUUGACACAAGGAAAAAUUGUCUGUUGGUUGUCCUUGCAGGGCUGUCUUUGAGUUGUCAAAUAAACACAUACACAAAAACACACAUACUCUAUCACAAAACAAGGUGUACAAUUUCAUUAAACCAUGAGGCAAGAAACAA